AUGUUGAAAGUAGCAAGGGAGUUUUUUCAUCUGCCAGAAAAUGAAAGGCUCAAGUGUUUCUCCGACGACCCGUUGAAGACCACAAGACUGGCCACCAGUUUCAAUGUCAAAACUGAGGCGGUCUCCAGCUGGAGAGAUUACUUGAGACUCCAUUGCUACCCUCUCGAGGACUACAUGCAUGAAUGGCCCUCCAACCCUCCGUCUUUCAGGGAAGAUGUGGCUGAGUAUUGCAGGAAUGUGAAAGGAUUAGCAAAGAGACUUCUGGAAGCCAUAUCAGAAAGCUUAGGCUUAGAAAAGAAUUACUUGAACAGGGCAUUGGGGAAGCAUGGGCAGCACAUGGCCAUCAAUUACUAUCCGCCUUGCCCUCAGCCGGAGCUGACCUAUGGCUUACCUGGUCAUGCUGAUCCUAAUGUCGUCACCCUUCUCCUUCAAGAUGAGGUGGCAGGCUUCCAGGUCUUCAACCAUGGCAGAUGGGUUGCAGUCAAGCCCAUGCCACAUACGUUCAUUGUCAACAUUGGUGAUCAAAUGCAGGAAAGAAUUCGACCCGUGACGCAAUCUGAACCAGUGAUGAUGAGUUUCGUAUAUGCUGAAUUGCGUCACGCGCUGACACAAGACUCACGCUACAAGGUUAAAUUGACGCGUAUGUACCAUUUGGCUUGCAUGACUAACAAGUGUGGGUAG